AUGGCUCCUCUCAACGUGUUGAUGGUCGGCACCGGCGAAUACACCACCGGCUUCGUCGGUGGUGGCAUGUCUGGCUCCGACAAGAAAGUCGGUGUCGUCGGCCUGACUUUGUUCGACCUUCGCCGGCGGGGCAAGGUUGGCAAGCUGAGCAUGGUUGGCACCUCGGGGAACAAGUUUCCGGCCAUACGCGACCAUCUGCACAAGAACAUCACCCAGGCCUACAACGGCCUCGACACCUCGUUCGACUCUUUCCCGGCCGACGACAAGCGCGAUGCGGAUGCGUACAAGACGGCAAUUGACGCCCUCUCCCCCGGCGACGCCAUUACCAUCUUCACUCCCGACACCACCCACUACCCCAUCGCCCUCUAUGCCAUCGAGCGCAAGAUCCACGUUCUGGUCACGAAGCCCGCCGUCCAGCUUCUGGAGCACCACCAGAAGCUGCAGGACGCUGCGAGGAAGAAUGGCGUCUUUGUUUUUGUCGAGCACCACAAACGCUUCGAUCCUGCAUACGCCGACGCGCGCUUCAGGGCUCAGAAGCUGGGCGACUUCAACUACUUCUACAGCUACAUGUCGCAGCCCAAGUCUCAGCUCGAGACCUUCAAGGCGUGGGCUGGCAAGGACAGCGACAUUUCUUACUACCUGAACUCCCACCACAUCGACAUCAACGAGUCCAUGGUUCCGGACUUCAAGCCUGUGCGCGUGACUGCCAGCGGCUCCAAGGGCAUUGCCACCGACCUCGGCUGUGUCGAUAAGACGGAGGAUACCAUUACUCUGCUGGUCGACUGGGUAAAGAAGACCGACCCGUCCAAGAGGGCAACCGGCGUGUACACUGCCAGCUGGACAGCACCGCAGAAGGCCGGCGUCCACAGCAACCAAUACUUUCACUACAUGGCAGCCAAGGGCGAAGUCAGAGUAAACCAGGCCAAGCGAGGCUAUGACGUCACCGAGGACGAGGCUGGCUUGGUGUGGUUCAAUCCAUUCUACAUGAAGUAUGCGCCAGAUGAUGAAGGAAAUUUCAACGGCCAGACCGGAUACGGAUACAUUUCGUUUGAGAAGUUCGUGGAUGCAGUCACAGCCUUGAAAGAGGGAAGGGUCACUUUGGAUGACCUGGACAAGCGUGGUCUGCCGACCCUGAAGAACACAAUUGCCACUGGUGCUAUCCUUGAAGCCGGUCGGAGAUCGCUGGACGAGCAGAGGCCGAUCGACAUUGUUGAGGAAAAUGACGUUUGGUCCCUCAAGUGA